GUGACCUGAAACAGAGGUACAUCUUCUUCCUCACCUAACUGCAAGUGAUAUCAAACUUGCUCAAUCUCCUCAGGGGGUCCACGUCCCCAACACGUCAACACUCCGACAGUGAGCAGAGUGGCAAAUGAAGAGAGGAACGCGGGUGAGACUACGAGAAGAGUGUCCUGAGUCUGUGAAGGUGUUUCAAAUGAAGAGAGGAACGCGGGUGAGACUACGAGAAGAGUGUCCUGAGUCUGUGAAGGUGUUUCAGGUGUUCCGCUGUUUCGUUGGUAACAAUGGAUCACGUCAAGGCAACCACAGAUUACUAUAUUUAUGAAGACAACUACAGCUUUUCACCAGAAACAGGCAGUAGCCAAUCCAGUGGCGUGCCCUGCAACCAGGAUGGCAUCAUGGACUUCACCCGGAGCUACGCCCCAGUGGUCUACAGCCUGGUGUUUGUGCUGGCGCUGGUGGGUAACAUCCUGGUGCUGUGUGUGCUGAUGCGCUACCGCACCUCUCAGACAGGCGGGGCCUGCUCCUUCUCCCUCACCGACACCUUCCUGCUCCACCUGGCCGUGUCCGACCUCCUGCUGGCCCUCACGCUGCCCCUGUUCGCCGUCCAGUGGUCCCACCUGUGGCUGUUCGGUGUGGCCGCCUGCAAGAUUUCCGGAGCCCUGUUCUCUCUGAACCGCUACAGCGGCAUCCUGUUCCUGGCCUGCAUCAGCUUCGACCGCUACCUAGCCAUCGUCCACGCUGUCAGCACCGGCUGGAAACGCAACACCUGCCAUGCCCAGAUUGCCUGUGCCCUCAUCUGGACAGUGUGCUUUGGCCUGAGUGGGGUGGACAUCGCCUUUAGACAGGUGGUGGAGGUUGAAGUGGGGCGCUCGGGGGAUCAUCAGGGCCUGCUGGUGUGCCAGACGGUGUUCCCCCACAGCUCAGUGCAGUGGCGGGUGGGGAUGCCGCUAGUCAACUUGGUGCUGGGUUUUGGGCUGCCCCUGCUGGUCAUGCUCUACUGCUACAUCCGUAUCUUCCGCUCCCUUUGCAACGCCUCGCGCCGCCAGAAGAGGAAGUCCCUUCACCUCAUCGUCUCCCUGGUGUCUAUGUUUGUGCUCUGCUGGGCGCCCUACAACUCCUUCCAAUUGGCCGAAAGCCUGAAGAAGCUGGGCGUGAUUAGUGGAGGCUGCCAGUUUGGCCGCACGGUGGACAUCGGGAUCCUGGUGUCUGAGAGCAUGGGCCUGUCACACUGUGCCCUGAACCCGCUGCUGUACGGCUUUGUGGGGGUGAAGUUUAGGAGGGAGCUGACCAGAAUGUGUAAGGGGCUGCUGGGACAGAGGUUCUAUCCAGGGAUGAACAGAUGGGGAGGACAGAGGAAAACACGGAGGACCACUGGGUCCUUCAGUUCAGUAGAGAGCGAGAACACCUCCCACUUCUCUGUCAUGGCGUGAGCCAGCCACGUGCACAGAGAGGGGUCUACCUGUACCCGAGCACCUUUUUGUUGUCGUUCUGAACCCACAAGUCAUCGUAAAGUCGUCAAGUUCACCACCCCCAACCACCCAUCCCAUUGGUCUGCCCUGUACAGAGCUUGUGUGUGCCUGGUAUCCAAACAUGCACGGCUUGGGAUGCAGUCACCGGUCGAGUCUGUGUAGCAAGCUACCUAGUUUAAAUAUCAACAGUACUGCCACAGCAGCAUAACAUUUGAUCUACAUCAUCAUCAAUAUUUUGUUUGGUCUACAUAGGCUACGCGCAACAGAGAGGCAGAAGACAGAGAGGAGCAGCUGCAUUCAAGCUGUACGACCCUCUGACCCAACUCCAUCCCAUCAUCAGUCGGGUGUUGCACAUGUGUGUCAGGGCAGCAGCAACACAGGUAGUCUGGACUUUAGCUAACCACCAUAUACUAAAAUAUCCACACAGGCCACCAGCCAGCCAUAUACCGUAGCAUGAGUUAGAAGAGUAUGAAUAUUAUAGUAUAUAAUGAAGUUAUUAUUUAAGAGCAUUGAAGAGAAAUCACAAAAAAUGCUAGUUAACUAUCAGGUUUACAUCAAUCAUCAACACAAUGAUCAGCUGAUAGCCUAUCGUCUUUACCCAAUGUCAAUCAUGUGUUUAGGAGGCACUGUAACUAGCGUGCUUACAAUUUUUGAUGAGUGAGUGUGUUGUUGCAGAAAUAAAUAGGUUUAUGUUUUUUUUAUCUCUACAAAGGCAGGUAGUAUGUUAUGAAUUUAGAGAUGUACUUUUUUUUAAGGUGGUUGUCACUAGUUAUCACAGCCAAAAAGGCAAAAUUGGCUCUAAUGUAAAAAAUUAUGAAAACAAAAAAUUACUUUUUGUUCUUAAUUUAAGGUUAGGGUUAGGCAUAAGGUUAAAAGUGUGGUUAGGGGUAAGGUUAGGUUUUAAAUCAGAUUUGAAGAAGAGAGAGAGGGAGAGGGGAAUGUGGAGACUGACAGAAAAAGAGAGAGGAAGAGAGAAUACAAGACAAAAGGGGGACAGGGAGUCAUGAAAAGAGGGAACCGAAAUUGGAAUGAUUGUGAAAAUGACAAAAUGGGGAAGAAAUACAGAUGUGCGCAUUGUGUCAAAGUGAGGAAAAAACAUAUGCUAUUUUGUUGUGAUUCGUUCCUCUGGUGCUUCCUGAUAGUUGCCUAGCUCAAAAUUAUGGUGCUUUUAAAGACCACACCUACUCAGGACGGGGAAUUUUUCAUAUAGUAGCCUACUUUCGCUAUCUUCUUGUAAAUACAAUUUUGGGGUCAUUUUUGUUCAUGAGAUUCUACAGUCCAUCCAAUCGCAUAGCCUACCAUGUUAACCCCAUCUGCCUCUAGUGUUUGGCUUUAUGAUAAAUUGAUGACUAUAAUUUCAAGGAACUGCUAAAUAGAUUUUUUUUAAAUGUUUGAUACCCUCUCCCUCAAAGGGCCAAGUCAUCACUAUAUGUGUUACUCAUAUAUUGCCCUGUAGUUUUGAAGGCAGCAAAUACUUAUACAUUUCUUAUACUUAUACAUUUCAUUCCACGCAGCAAUAAUUUUUUCUUUGGUUGAUUGCUUUCCUUUUGUCACUUGCUGAAGAGGGGAAACAAAGGUGUUAAGUCAUGACAGACAUGCAGCUUUACCUAUGGCAAAUGUCCACGUGUCCUUUGGUACCAGACUGUUGUUCAACAUUUGCUAAUUUACCUAUUUAGAUUAGAUUGUUAUCAAUCAGUCAGCACAACAGAUAUGUACAUAGGAUUGUAUGCAUGUAUUUCUAUGUUGUAGAAAUUUGAGGAAGUAGAAUAAAACAUUGGGGGAAAUGUCAUUUUCAUAUCAAUAAAUAAAUGAUAUGCAAAUAU